CGGAUGUGGGUGCCCAGCCAGCGCCUGCCUGCUUGCACCCUCCGCCAGGCGCUCACCUACUUCCUGGACAUCACCACGGCGCCCAGCCCUCAGCUGCUCCAGGUGUUGGCCACCCUGGCCGAAGACCGUGCCGAGCGAGAGAAGCUGCAACGGCUCAGCCAGGACUCGCUUCUCUACGAGGAGUGGAAGUGGUUCCGUUGCCCGACGGUCGUGGAGCUGCUGGAAGAGUUCCCCUCGGUGGUGCUGCCCACCUCGCUGCUGCUCACCGAGCUGCCACUGCUGCAGGCCCGCCAGUAUUCCGUCAGCUCCGCGCCCGACGCUUACCCAGGGGAGCUGCACCUCACCGUAGCCGUGCUCAACUACCGCAGUCAGGAUGGGAAAGGCCCGGUGCACUACGGAGUCUGCUCCACCUGGCUGUCCCAGCUCUCUCCAGGCGAGAUGGUGCCCGCUUUCGUCCGAAGCACCCCAAAUUUCCAGCUGCCGGAGGACCCCACAGCUCCCUGCAUCCUGGUGGGACCCGGCACCGGCAUCGCCCCUUUCCGGGGUUUCUGGCAGCAACGGCAAUAUGAGUCGGAGACGAUAG